AUGGAUUUCCUUGAUAAUUGUGAAAUAUGUUCAUCAAAUAAACUAUCCAAUAUUAAAUAUAGUCUUAUAUUAUUUGAAGAAAGAAAAGAAGGAGGAGGAGGAACAAAAGGAGGAGGAGGAGGGGAAGAAGGAGAGGUUGUACCAUAUCAAUCAGUAUUAAAUAAUAAUAAUAAUAAUAUUCAAGAAAAUAAUGAAGAAUUUAUUGAAACAUUUAAGGAGAAUUGUAAAGAUUUAUCAAAAGUUGGUAAAAAAAUAAGAGUGACUCUUUUGGAUGGAUUCAAUGAGAAAUUAACUCCAACAACGUUACCAGAAGGUAUUAAAUCAUUACAUUUAUUUGAUAUUAAACAAGAAUUAGAGAUUGGUUCAAUUCCUAAUACUGUGGUGAGUCUAUCUUUGGAGGAUGGAUUUAACCAAAUUUUAAAACCUGGUGUAAUUCCAGAAAGUGUGAAAGAGUUGUAUAUACAUGAUAUAAAGCAAGAUUUAAUAAUUGGAUCAAUUCCUAAUACAGUGAGGAAUGUAUAUUUUCAAGAUGGUUUCAAUCAAAUAUUAACACCUGGUAUAGUGCCUAAAGGUGGUGUUAAAUAUUUAUAUUUUUACAAUAUAAAACAAAAAUUAAUUAUUGUUUCAAUACCUGAGACUAUAACAACUGUAUUUAUUUUAAAUGGAACCAAUCAAAAUUUAACACCAGGUAUAAUACCAGAAGGUGUUAAAUUGGUUUAUUUAAUUGAUACAAAACUCAAAACUUCACAAAAUAAAAAGAUAAAAAUAUAA